CAGAGACUGCUCACAUUCAUGGCCCAUAGUUUGCCCUGCCUAUACUGUACCCUACUUGUGGCCAGACUUGCAAUUGAGAAUUUGGUAUUGACAGUGGGCCAACUGCAUUUCAGGCUCCAGAUAAUUCCUCCACAAAGCGUGUUCAGCAAGCAGAACCUGUUCGAAGUCGUCCACAGGCCCGCAUCCCUCUUUUCAGAUUGGUAUCUAACGUCCAGAUGCGUAAAACACUGUGUUUCUGAGUCUUCGCAGCUUGUUUUUUUUUCUAUUCAAAAGCUCGCUCUAUGUUCUCCCACACGGACACACGCUCUCAUCUGGGUUGUAGCGUCGGCACAAAGAGAAUGAUGUUUUUUGUUUUUUUCUGAGGUUCAUCCCUCGAAAGGGAAACCUGCUCUGCAGGCCGAGACGAGCGGUUUUAGGACUCCCGGAGUAAAACCCCGAGUGCCACCGUUCUUCUCUUUGACUUCUCUCUUCGGACGAAUCCUGCCACGCGGGUUUUCCAACCAUCCUCUCUCUCCAAGCUAUGAACUCUCCGCCGGGAUAUCUGCUCUGGGACCUUGUCCGUGUUUUUACGCACAGCUCGACGCCUUUUGGAGCCUUUUGGAGCCGCUCCCUGCAAGCGUUGACAGUGUGCCUUAUCGAUUUGCCACAAGAAACGGCACUUUUUUUGUUUGUUCUUUUUUCUUUUGCUGCCUGUAUCAGUCAUAUUAGUUCGGACAGAGGCUUCCUCGAGCCCCGCCCCUCUCUCCGGCUCCUAUUCGCUUCUCCUCUCCGGGACACUGGGGCCGAGCAAAGGCUGAGAUUCGGAGCGUGCGCUACUUCUUGUCGCCUUUGUGCGACAGAAAAUGUGGCAAAAUGAAAUGUCGGCAUGCGGAACGGAUGGUUUCUUUUCGUUGUUAUUCAUUUUUUGAAGUGGAUGGUGACAACGCUCGCGCGUAAAAGUGGAAUGGCGCUGAAGACACAUUUUCACUUCGAGUAUUUUUUUUCCUGACAUCGCAUCAUCACAUCGCUUUCUAAGUAGAGAGCAGGAAGGACCCAGAUGUAACGGAGACAAUCUGAACGUGUCCCAGUUUUUACUUUUGCCGUCGGAGUGCGACUUGAUGAAACGGUUUGUGGGACGCUGGCCGGGUAGACUGGCACCAUGCGCAUGGAUCAGGCAGAAUGAGUGCAAGACUUUUUAGACUGAGGAGGAAGUUCGCACCGUCACGCCUGUGCCUGCUGAUCCUGUACGUCCUGCUGUUGGUCAGCGUGAAGUACAGCUCCGUCCCCGAAUCUCCACCUGAACCUCCGCCGGCGGCCUCGGAUGAUGUGCACACAUUUCACAAGUACAAUGUCAGCUGCUCUGCUAUAUAUGACAUGGACCCGGCGGAGGUGGGCAAAUCCCUGAUCAUUCGAAGGCGACACGUUGUGGAGGACACGGAUGAAAGCCUCGUGAACCUCACCUCAAACUGCCCAUUAUUCCUCAAGUCCCGAGGCUAUGACACGGUGUGUGUCUCGCAGGAGGAGAGAGACUUCCCUCUGGCUUAUUCUCUGGUUGUGCAUAAAUCUGCGUGGAUGGUAGAGAGACUCAUCAAAACACUGUACACACCUGAUAACAUCUACUGUAUUCACUAUGAUCAGAAGUCUUCGGCUCAGUUCAUUGCAGCCAUUGAGGGUCUGGACCGCUGUUUGCCCAAUGUCUUCAUCGCCUCCAAGCGAGAGUCCGUCUCUUAUGCGAGCAUCAGUCGACUGCAGGCUGAUCUCAACUGUCUCUCUGACCUCCUGGAGUCCGAGGUCAAGUGGAAGUACGUCAUCAACCUCUGUGGCCAAGAUUUCCCCCUCAAGCCCAACAUUGAGCUGGUGUCGGAACUGACGCGUUUGAAAGGGGCUAAUAUGUUGGAGACAAGCCGGCCUUCUAAGCUGAAGGAACAGAGGUUCACGUUUCACCACGAGCUGAGAGAUGCUGCCUUCGAAUAUCAGAAACUGCCAGUGAAAACGGAGCAGAAAAAGACCCCGCCACCGCACGGUAUCGAGAUGUUCUCUGGCAACGCCUAUUUUGUCUUGUCACGGGACUUUGUUGUGCACAUGAACUCCUCGGAUGUGGUGAAAGAUUUUUUAGCCUGGUCAGAGGACACGUACUCCCCAGACGAGCACUUCUGGGCCACACUCGUUCGACUGCCAGGUGUACCCGGGGAGGUGCCCAGAUCUGAGCCCGAUAUCACCGACCUGAUGAGCCGGACCCGGCUGGUGAAGUGGAGUUACUUGGAGAAUCACGUAUACCCACCCUGCUCGGGGAUACACAUCCGCAGUGUUUGCAUUUUUGGCGCUGGAGAAAUGCACUGGUUGCUUAACUAUGGCCACUGGUUCGCCAAUAAGUUCGACCCCAAAGUGGAUCCCGUUGUCAUUCAGUGCCUUGAGGAGAGGCUGGAGGAAAAACAAAAGUUAUUCCAGUCAGUGACUUCCACAACCUGUCCUGAGGGUUAACCAGAGCUUCAACAAUGUGAAGGGCUUUUGCUACGCAAUGAUAAAUUUCUAUGAAAAGUGCCUUAAGAUGAUGUAUGUUGUGAUUCGUCUACAAAUACAAUUGAACUUAGCUGAAUUGAAAAGCAGCAGAGGGGGCGUGUAUACCCCAUGCAGUCAAUGCUUUUUAAUAUUGUAAUAAUGAUAUUUCAUAAUGACAUCAUCAUGAUGUAAUUCAAACCACGUGACGACAAAUGAUUGGUAUAUGGAAAUUAGAUGUAGACUCUGUCUCUAAUCUUAUUGUUUGGAAAAAUGAUGAUGUAAUUCCCGCCAUAUGAUCAUAAACUAUCGUCCGAUCUAAGCUUUAGGUCUCGUCUAUAGCCCUGUACGAUGCAGAGAUUCCGUGAAAUGUGCAUUUUUGAACUAUGCAUGACAUUAUUUUCUGCCUUUGUUGUGACUUCUUCAUGCGACCACAUAUGAUAUCAUAUGACGGAGAAUCAUUUAAUUUAUUGAUAAUAUAAGCUUAGGCUUGAUUGUCUCUGUAGCCCUAUAAUUGUCGAGAUAUCUUGGGAAAAUGUGUAUUUGGGACCAUAUUUUUGUUGACGUUGACCUUUUUACAGAUCACCUUCAAAAAGGUGAUCUGCAGACUCCCCUGCUUGUGCGCGUACGCCGACGCACAGUGUAAUAAUCCUUAGCCGCAGCCCUGCAUCAGUAAUACUUAGCAACACUGUGUUAAAUAAAGAUGGCUUCUUUCUCACUGACAUUCAGUGGCAUGCGGCUUCACCGGCUGUGAUCAGCAUCCUUUAUAAUACCUGUUACCUCAAAGGAUCAGUUCAUCCAAAUUGCUGAAAGACACAUCGUUUCUUUCUUGUGGUGUGUAUCCAUGCACAUAGUUUUGGUAUUAUUUGUUCAGAACACAGCAGUUAAAAAGUGUGUCUUCUUUUAUACAGGCGCGGUGAAAAUAAUAUGUUGAAUUUGGAUGGAUGACUUUAAUGAUGGGUAAUUAUAAUGUAAUCAGUGGUUACGUCUGAGACCCAACAUGCCCCACCCUUGUUAUCUAUUUACAAUUCUUCUGACUCAUGUGGAAAGAUUUUAAGUACGCGCAAGUUACACAACAUAUCAGUCGUUAUGCAAUAGGUAGUGUCAAAAUGCAAAAUCUUCAAUUAAAUGUAACUUUGAAUAACUUG